ACAAGCAGCUGAAGGUGUCGAUGCUGUCAGAUAUACAAGUAGAACGGUGCGGGAAAUUUGAACCUUAUAACCUGGAGUAGAACGUGAUUGGUCAAUAUGAUUCUAAUGACCUUUCUCGCCAUGGCGUCCCAUGAAGUCAAGAAAUUCAUGAAGUCUCGUGAGCCUCACAUCGGCCUUGAGGAUAACAGUUUCAACAGAUGGGGGGAUAUGGACCCAGGACAGGCUCCCUACCUCCUGGACGACCUGCUCCCACCACUUCCACACCCCAGCAACUACCACGAGGACGACGGGCCGUUCACUGCCUACUGUCCUCCCAGCUGGAUGUACAGAACAGAGUAUUACGUCAGUGAGGCAGACAACUUCGGGAGAAAGUUCCCUGCCGGCAAGGCCUUCGUUGUAAGAUAAAUACAGUACUGGCUCCAGAAAAAAGUAGUGCCGUUUGCGUGUGGGGCACUGGCGUUUAAUAAUUUUACAAUGGAAUUUGAAGGUCACAGAACACUGAUAACAUGCGUACUUAAUGUUCAAUGCAUUUUGAUUUAAAAUUUUGUUGAAACCAGAUUCAAUAUUUAUAGUACUGAAUGAAUCCGUCAUAUGAUGUUAUUUACAACUUUACAAUAUUGUCCGUCAUGAAGCAAUAACAUAUUACAGAAUAUAUUGUUAUUAUUUGCUAUUUUUUAAUGAACAUUAUUGUUACAAAUGGCCUUCUUUGGUUUCUAUGUAGUAUUCCAAGAUACUGUAAUCUCAUUUCAUUCAUACAUGUACAAACAUUUGUUUUAAUAAAUAUCUCUCAUGGUUCAGUGAAAGUGUUGCCCUAGAGACAAAACUGA